AUGACAGUUGUGAUCAGUGCCCACAUACCACUGGCGUCUGUCGCGGAUCGCGACAAGUGCAUGCAGUAUCUCUCGCUAGUUCGCGACGUCGCGAGUGAGACUCAGGAAAAUGAGCCGGAAUGCCUUGCAUACUGCUGGGCUCGUCCAGCGGACGGUCAUACAGAUGUCCCGGCUGUGGUACAAGGUCUUGAAGUCUACAACACCCCAGAAGCUCUUUCCGUUACGCAUCGCAGCAGCGCGCCGUAUAAAAAUAUGCGACAAGUAGUAGCUAACACUGGGCUUUUGAGCCGCCCCAAAGGAGGCGUGCCUACCUAUGUGCCUGCCGGAACGGGCUUCCUGAGCAAAGAGGGUACGCCUGAGACGGUCUCCUCAGAGAAUUGGUUCAUAGUAGUUGAGUAUACCGCGCGUGGCCAGGAGAACCUCAACCGUUUGUUAGAGAAAGAGGGAUUCCUGAGUCGGGAUAUAGAGUCUGUGGGCGGCGUCUUGACGCUGGUGUGUUUUGUCCCGGAUAGUCAUGAAGAAGAAAUUCCGGUGACAAUCUUCCUUCGAGUGUCUAGCAAAGGCGACGAUCUUGAUGCCGUUAAAGAGAGGCUUCAGCGCUUUGAAGACGAGGCGGCAUCUGACGGUGAAGUCACGCAAAAGAGGUUUUGGGAAGGCCAGGGAUUUGGGUUUUUCCGAAAAAGAUCUUAUAUAGACUGA